AUGCUUUCCUGUGAGAGAAAUCACUGCUUCGUGAUAGAGAAGGAAGGACUCGAAAGCGUCCUUCUUCAACGAAUCAUUGACCCUGUAUUUGCAAUUGCUGUAGGGUUCGUAGUUCAGCUCGACAGCUCUCUUUCUCCCUCCACCCCCAACUUAUUAUUCUGUUUAAAUCUGUUGUGGAUGAGUUCAGGCUCUUCUCCCCACCAGCAACAUCUUGCCCGUGAACAUGUAGGAGACGGACACAGCAGCAGAGAGGAGGAAUUUCCCGCAUCCACCCAGUCUGAAGAAAUUGAAGCUGAAGAAGAAGAAGCGCAUGAUAAUCGGCUCCCCGCUGUCGACGAUGAACAACACGACGCAGAUGGGAGCAGGCUGAGUAGCGACUCCCGCAGAGAGCUUCUAUCCAAUGCUGUCCCAUCCAACGGCGUCCUGCGACGCUUCUCUCUGACGGAGGAAGACGAAACCCGGACGGACAGAGAUGCCACCACCAAGGAUGAUGAUAAUGGCCCUCCCGACGAAAAGCCCGUGACGUGGAGCUCCCUGCCCAACAAGGGCCAGCUCGCCAUCCUCACGCUGGCCCGCCUGUCCGAACCUCUGACCCAGACGUCGCUGCAGUCGUACCUGUUCUACCAGCUCAAGUCGUUCGACCCGUCGCUGCCGGACUCGACCAUCUCCGCCCAGGCGGGCAUCCUCCAGGCCAGCUUCACGGCCGCCCAGUUCCUGACCGCCAUGUGGUGGGGGCGCCUGGCGGACGCGCCCUGGAUGGGGAGGAAGCGAGUGCUGCUGAUCGGGCUGUCGGGGACGUGUAUCUCCUGCCUGGGCUUCGGAUUCUCGCGCUCGUUCGCUGCCGCGGCCGUGUUUCGGACCUUGGGUGGCGUCCUGAACAGCAACGUCGGCGUCAUGAGGACGAUGAUUGCGGAAAUCAUCCAAGAGAAGAAAUAUCAAUCACGGGCAUUCCUGCUUCUUCCCAUGUGCUUCAACAUUGGCGUCAUCAUCGGUCCUGUCCUGGGUGGUAUCUUAGCAGACCCCGUCAACAGCUAUCCCGGCCUGUUUGGGCCUGGGUCGUUCUUUGGAGGCAAAGACGGCGUGUGGUGGAUGCAGCACUGGCCGUUUGCCUUGCCUAACUUGCUGAGCGCGGUAUUCAUUUUCGCCUCUUUUCUCGCAGUGUUUCUGGGUCUGGACGAGACCCACGAAGUGGCCCGGUACAACCCCGACUGGGGUCGCAAACUGGGCAAGGCUCUGGCUAGGGGACUGCGCUCCCAACGAGACGAGCCGCGUUAUACUCGCCUCAACGACGAUCCUGACGAUGUCAACUCCAUCGAUCUGGAGCGAUCUGCACCGCCCAGUCCCACGACCCCUCGACAGUUCCUCUCGCCGCCCCGCCAACCCAAGCGCUCACCGUUCCGCCAGAUCUGGAAGCGGAAUGUCCUGCUGACGCUGUUGACGCAUUUCCUCCUAGCGAUGCACACGAGCGCCUUCAAUGCCAUGACCUUCGUCUUCCUGCCCACGCCCCGGGCCCCGGAAGGCAGCCGCAGCGGAUUCUUCCACUUUGGCGGCGGACUCGGGCUGUCGUCGUCCCGGGUCGGACUUGCAACGGCCAUCAUUGGGAUAAUCGGUCUGCCGCUGCAGAUCUUUGUGUAUCCGCGCGUGCAAUUCCGGCUGGGGACGUUGCGAUGCUUCCGCACGUUUCUGCCCCUGUCGCCCUUGGCGUACGUCCUGAUGCCGUUCCUCGUUCUCGUUCCGCGAAACCCGGCCCUGGUCUGGCCGGCGUUUACCGUCGUGGUCGCCCUGCAGGUCGUUUCGCGGACCUUCUCCCUGCCGGCGGCGAUCAUCCUCGUCAACAACUGCGUGACGGACUCGACGGUGCUGGGGACGGUCCACGGGAUCGCGCAGAGCAUUUCGAGCGGUGCUCGCACGCUGGGGCCUUUCCUGGGAGGCUGGGGAUUGGGAAUGGGCCUGAAGAACAACAUCGUUGGCGCGGUCUGGUGGGCGCUGGCCGUGGAAGCGACGUUGGGGUGGAUCCUGACCUGGACUGUUUACGAGGGGAAAGGAAUUGAGAAAAAGAAGGCUGCCAUAGAAGAGCGGCAGUUGCGGGAAGAAGAGGAAGAAGAACGACACUAG